CAACAUUACACCCAUCCUCAAAACAAUGGAGGCAAAAGAAUUUUUCCUUUUCCUAACUGAUAAAACCACAAUUACGUCUUUUAUAGGUGUGAUAGUGAUUUGUAUGGUGGGGAUGUGGAUGAAGAAGAAGAAGAAGAGAAGAAAUUCCCUUCCGCCUGGAACUCUGGGCCAGCCUUUAGUUGGAGAAACAAUUCGGUUUCUCCGAGCUUUCAAGCUCAACAAAAUAGACGAAUUCAUCAGUGAGAGGGUGGUGGCGUAUGGACCGGUUUUCAAAACGCGCUUAUUUGGGCAGCCCACUGUAGUUUUCACCGGACCGGCCGGUAACCAAUUCUGGCUGUUUAACGAUGGGAAGCUCUUUCAUGGCAAUGCCCGAGGCCCGCACAGAGCCAUUCUGGGCGUAAAUUCUUUGCUCGACAGAAACGGAGAAGACCACAAGCGUAUGCGAGCCGCCUUUAUGAAUUUCUUCGCUCCCGAGUCGCUGAAAAAAGUGGUCGGAAACAUGGAUUCCGUCGUACGCCGCCACCUCGACGACUUCUGGGAAGGUCGAGAUUUGGUCCAUGCUGUCCCUCUGAUGAAGUUCCAGACUUUCUCGGUCACAUGUAAUGUGCUGUUCAACUUGCAGGAUAAGGACCAAGUGGAGGAGCUUCGCGACCAUUUUACGGUGGCCGCCGAGGGGAUUUACAGCUUCCCAUUGAAUUUUCCGGGAAGUCGGCUGCAUCGUGCCUUAAGGGCCAGGUCUCAUAUUGACCGGAUUCUUUCCUCGCUUAUAGCACGACGGAAGGACGACAUUCUAGAAGGUCGUGAGUCUUCAUACCCAGAUUUAAUUUCGACUCUGUUGAAGAUUACUAACAAUGAAGGGAAGCCUCUUAGCGACCAAGAAUUGAAAGAUAAUAUCGUGGUUCUCACCAUUGCUGGUUAUGAGACUACUGCCAUGACGCUUGCUCUUAUGUGCAAGUUGCUUGCUGCUAAUCCUCACUGCUUUCAUCGAAUAGCCCAAGAGAGCGAAGAGAUUGUUUCCGGCAAAUGUGGUGAAGAGCAGCUGACUUGGGAGGACGUUCAGCGCAUGAAGUACCUGUGGAUGGUUGUUCAGGAAACGCUGCGUAUCAUUCCUCCCGUUUCAGGGAUAUUCCGACAGGCCAUCAUGGAUAUUGUGUACGAAGGAUACACCAUUCCCAAAGGAUGGGCGCUCUACUGGUCAAAUUAUUCAACAGUCUAUCUCGAGGAUUUAUUUCGAGAGCCACACAAAUUCAAUCCCACGCGAUUCGAAGGCUCGUAUCGGUUACCUCCGUACAGCUUCAUGCCGUUUGGGGGAGGGCCGCGCAUGUGCCCAGGAAAUGAGUAUGCAAAACUGGAGAUACUGAUAACAAUGCAUCAUCUGGUGAAAAGAUACAGAUGGAUUUCAGAGGAUCCGGAGGAACCUAUUGUUCGAAAUCCUCUCUGUUUUCCUGCCAGGGGACUCCCUCUCAAGCUUUCUUCCAUUCAGAAAGCGUAAACCAUUCCUCAUUUCUUGUAUCAAUGAAGGCGAUAAUACCUUCUGUGAAAAUCCGAUCUUCUCAAUUGUAUAAGAGGAAACGUGUUUACAUCAGAUUUGAGUUCUUAGAUUUAGAUAAGCCGCUAGCGUGUUUGACUUAUGUCCUAGGGAAAUGAUGAAACAUCGAUGUUCACUGGGUAUUGAAAAUUUAAUUGAUUUGGGUAAAAUCUAUUGUGGAAAUUUCUUCA